AUGGAUGCCCUUUUGGAGAAAGGCGCCUAUAAAGGGACGGGCAAUAACGAGUAUGGGGGGCAGGACGUUGUAACGGGGGGAAGAAGCAUUGUGCGGAUAAGGGAGGGGAUGCCGCCAGCAGUGGGCGCAGAGAAGGGCGUGCCACAUGGCGUGGUGAUAUUGGUCGUCGUGUUCCUGGACCUGUUUGCAGUUGGCAUGGCCAUGCCGCUCGUCACGCCGCUGAUUGUAGAGCUAGCUGCUGCUAUGGCAGAGCACAAUGUUGCUGCUGUGAGAGACGGAUGGCAGGAAGGAACGAGCGGCUUGCUGCUAGGGAACACCAGUGUAAUGCUCGAUACAGAUCUAGUCAUGGCCGCAGUCAGAGCGCUCGUCCUCGCGUGCGCGCUCCUCCUCGUGUCGACGUCCGCCUUGGCGCAGCGUGGUCCGCCUGGCGGAGGUCCUUCCGGCGGUCAGCGCGGAGGCCCUGGCGCCGGUUCCGGCGGACCCGGCGGUCCCGGCGGUCCUGGCGGUCGCGAUGGUCCCGGCGGGCCUGGCGGACCGCGCGGUCCUCCGCUGAACCUCACCGCCGUCGGGAAUCUGACGGCCGAUAUCGGCGCGCAGCUCGCCAACUGCACCGUGGAUCAGAAGACCCUCAACGGCAGCUUCCACCUCGCCAUCUUCAAGAACUCUACCGGGAACUACAAUCUUCUGGUCGAGGCAAUGCUGGUGGACGCGGCGGGCGGCCCGCCCGACUCGCUGGCGAUCGUGAAGGGCGCCGUGUGCGACGCCGCCGUGACGGACGUGCUCGCGCUGCCGCUCGCCGCGGCGGACUGGCAGCAGCGCGCGGGGUGGUGGCUGCUGCACGCGGAGGCGCGCCUCGACGCGUUCCUCGAGAACGUGGAAGCCGCCACCCUCGACGCGCUGCUCGCCGUGCUCCCCACCGCCUCGCCUCCGCCCACCAGCGGUGGCAGGCGCAACGGAGGAGGCAGCGCCAACGGCGGCAGCGCGGGGGGCGCGCGGAAUGGGCAGGGCGGGAGGCGCAUGGGGCGGGAGCUGCUGACGCGCGCAUUCGGCCUCGCGGCCAGGCAAGGGGGACAGAAGCAGGGGGGGCAGAAGCAGGGGGGGCAGCAGCAGGGGGGGCAGCAGCAGCAGGGGGGAGCGCAGCAGGCGCCUGCAGUGAGCGGGUAUGCUGUGCUGGCGGGCAGCAGCGCAGCAGGUGUGACGUGGGGCGGGCAGCUCAUGGGCGCCAAGAUGCCCGCUGCUGCUGUUUAA